CUCUAAUCGGAGGGGCUUCAUUGAGGGGCAUUUCUUCGUCCGAGCUGCAUUAUUGUAUGGGAGUUGCAGUAUGGGGCGAUUGUUACCCCUCGGCAAUGGAAAAAGCGGCAUAUAACCACGCGUCGCGCGUUCCACCAGUUCUCGGAGUCUUAAAUCCACAAGGCACGCAUUCCCAGAGACGCUCAACUUGCAACAUACCUCUACGAACCACCGUGUAAUUUAUCAACCUUGUCAUCCCAACUUGAAUACAGUUCACCAUGUCGCCAAUCGCUGUCUCACGGAAGUACUCCAUCGCAACGAUGGGAGCCGACGGGAUUGGCCCUGAAGUUGUCGAUGCAAGCGUUGAAGUCCUGAAGAAGCUCGUGCAGGUGGAUGGAGGAUUUGAAUUAGACUUCGAGAACUUUGACUGGAGUUCAGAGACCUACAAAAAGACUGGAAAGUAUAUUCCAGAUGGUGGGCUUGAGCAGUUGAAGAAGCAUGACGCCAUUCUUUUUGGUGCCGUUGGUGCACCUGAUGUUCCGGAUCACAUCUCACUUUGGGGCCUUCGAUUAGCCAUCUGCCAGCCUUUCCAACAAUACGCCAAUGUGCGCCCAACGAAAAUUUUUCGAGGUACAUCAUCGCCUCUCCGCAAAGCCGAGCACGGUGAUUUGGAUUGGGUUAUUGUCCGCGAGAACAGCGAAGGCGAGUAUGCCGGUCAAGGUGGCCGAUCGCAUCGAGGCCAUCCUUGGGAGACGGCGACCGAAGUUGCCAUAUUCUCCCGCGUUGGUGUCGAAAGAAUCAUUCGAUUUGCUUUUGAGACUGCACAGAAACGCCCUAGAAAGUUCCUCACAGUCGUCACAAAGAGCAAUGCGCAAAGGAAUGGCAUGGUUUUGUGGGACGAAGUUGCGAGCGAAGUCGCCAAAGACUUCCCGGAUGUCAAGUGGGACAAGAUGCUCGUGGAUGCAAUGACCUGUCGCAUGGUCCUUGAUCCUAAGUCUCUGGAUACUAUCGUUGCUACCAACCUUCAUGCCGAUAUCCUCUCCGAUCUUGCCGCCGCUCUUGCGGGAUCUAUCGGUAUCGCGCCUACUAGCAAUCUCGACCCGACACGACAAAAUCCAUCCAUGUUUGAGCCUAUUCAUGGCUCCGCUUUCGACAUCACCGGAAAGGGCGUAGCCAACCCCGUCGGCACGUUCUGGACAGCAGCUGAAAUGCUGAUCUGGCUGGGUGAGGAAGAUGCAGCCCGGAAGAUGAUGGAAGCAGUUGAGAAUGUGACCGAGCGAGGAAUCUCGACGAAGGACCUCGGUGGCAAUGCCAAUACUAAGGAGGUCACCGACGCCGUCAUUCAAGAACUCGAGAAGGUGUACUUGAGCACGCCAGCGAAGAAAAUUUAAGGGAAGGAACAUCGUGAUACCAUUGUUUUAUGUACUAGAAUACUUUCCACAGAGCUGUCUGGAUCACAAGGUGGACUUCAGUUUGGAAAACAAACAAAUUGCAUAAGAAGCCUAUUUAUAGAUUUGAAAGUCAGGAAUCGGCGCACUUUUGAUAAACGUAAUUCGGAAAGCCUCUGUGCUCGGUACUCAAUCAGUAUUUCAAAGGCUUACUACGUUCAGAGCCAAUUUUUGUCGCCA